GCUGACGUGUAUAGCUUUGGCAUCUUGAUGUUUGAGGUUGCUAUGGGCCGGAGGCCCAAUUUGCCGAUGGUAUUGGACGGUAGAGAAGUGGGCCUAAUAGAAUGGGCUAGGAAUUUGGUGGCCCAAAAUAGGCAUAUGGAAAUGGUUGAUGCAAGCAUUUCGAGGGAGGAACUGAUGGAAGCCAAUGUUAAGGAAUAUUUUAGGAUUGCUUGUUUGUGUACAAGUGAGAAGUCAAAGGAAAGGCCUCCAAUGUACGAUGUUGUUGAGUUGUUGGAUCGACUUUGCGGCGAGAAAAUGCGUAGUGACAACGAGUAUCAAAAUAAGCUCGACGAGUAAUUUUCGUGAGGACGAUGACUACGACGACAUUCAUGUGGAUGAGAUGAACAACAUUUCACUUUUAAAGGAGUGUAAAUAGUCUUUUGAGCCAAUUAUUCAAAUACGUCAAAUGUAGAGUAAUGUUGCUGAGGUUUUUCUUUUCUUUUCUUAUAAAGGUAAGUAAUAUAAAGGGAAACCGAAUAUUGAAUGAAAAUUUUUAAUUGAUUGAA